AUGCCAGAGUCUCCAAGCCAAGUGAGUCCUUUUGUUUUCUGGAUCCAAGGAGAUACACACCCCAGCCAUGCACCCUGGUUCCAGCAAAGGCCUGUGAGUACCUCUAAUUCCAGCAACUAUUCAGUCUCUACCUCUGCAAAUGCAUCAGCCACUACAUGUGCUUAUAUUCAUCCACACUUCAUCUCUCGGCCAGAACCUCAAAUUUUGGCAGAUCAAAUUUCUCUACGUUAUGCCAUGCCAUAGCAAGUCAUGAUCAUCAGCUGUGGGAGUCCAAUUUGCAGCGGUUCCAUUGUUAGCAGCUCAUGGGUUCUCACUGCUGCUCACUGUCUCAAAAACAGGAAUCCUGAAGACAUGGCUGUAGUAUUGGGCUUGAGACACCCUGGAUCACCUCUGCAAAUUGUUAAAGUAUCAUCCAUUCUAUUGCAUGAGAGAGUCCGACUGGUCAGUGGAGCAACAAGAAACGACCUCGCAUUAUUAGUAAUACAAGAGAGUCAGUCUCCUGUUCAGCGCCUACCACCUUUGGGUAAUUUGAGCAACUUGAAUAAUUCGCAAUGCUUGCUUUCUGGACCUUGGAUACUUAGAUCAGGUGUUGUUUUAGGACCUGCAGUGCUCAUGAGCCCUCAGUUGUGGCAUCGGUGGUGGAAACCUGGAAAGAUGUCCAGAGCAACUCAGUCUCUCUGCUUUUUGCAGGGAUUCAGUGCGGGGUUGAUGUCAAAUUCGCACAGCUCAGGCACCCACAGUAAAGAUGAUGUCUACCUGGACUCACCCUGUUUCAGCUUUUCAUGGGCACCUCAGUCUCUGCUUUCUUCAGGGAUUCUGAACGGUCUCAAACCUGCGCUGCUCAGGCACCCACAAAAAAGAUGA